ACCAGCAAGGACUAUGAUGCCCCGUCUCCUUCUCUACCUGAUAAACAGUCCCUGAAGAUUGCCAGUUUGCCCACAGGAAAUGAUAACGCUGAAACAGUAUUUGCAUAUGAUAAUGACCAACCCUGUGACAGAUUUAACCAUCUCCUCUUUCCAAACAUAGUCCUGCAACAAACCAACACUGAAGGUUCAUGCUUCAUAAAUAUGUUUGGUCUAGUAACUGAGAGAUGUGUAACAUUUUGUAUUGACACAUCAGGCAGUAUGUUUAAUGCUUUAGAUGUGGUGAAGAUGCAACUUAUGGAAACCCUUUCACAUCUGGCAAGCAGGGAAGUUAAAGUUAUGUUUAAUUUAAUAGAAUUCAAUUCCCAGGUAACACAGUGGGCUGAUAAGUUGGUUCAGUGUACUCCAGAAACUGUCGCUGUGGCUAGACAGUGGGUGAGUAAUUUAAAGGCAAAGACGGGUACCAACACACAAGGUGCUCUGUUUGCAGCUCUGGCCGAUCCAGCUUGCCAGGCUGUUUAUCUUGUCACAGAUGAUAUCCCUGACCAAUAUACAGAGGAUGUUCUUGACAACAUUAUAGCAAUAUGUGGUAACCGUCGUAUACACUGUAUCUACAUUACUGGUGAUGAAGCUGAUGAGGCAGCAACGGAGUUCUUGGAGGAUCUUGCUGUUGAAACUUUUGGUUCAUUCACUAUUGUAAAACUGCUCAGUAAUGGCAGCAUAGAGAAGGUUAUACCAGUCUACCGGUCAGAUCCAUCACAUGAAAAGCUUGUAUGGACAGUGAACAAUACCCUACGACCGAAUGUUAGAACAUGCAGUGUCUCAACAACACUACAGCUUGAUCCAGAUGAAGUACUAGGCAUUCAUCCACUUGAUAGUUCACUGAUGUUUAACACAAACCCAGUUGCUGUGCCUUCUCCGUUAGUGAGUACUUAUGCUGAUCGCUACUACUACCCAUACUGCUGGUCUAGGUAUAAUCAAUCUAGAGGCUGGUUAAAGGCACAGGAUAAACUUAGGCAGCCAUUACUUGGCCUGUCUCAUGUAGCUGGAAGUUUACUAGUUGGAAAGAAGGUCAUUGCUCGCAGGCUGGAGGAUGGCUAUUUCUACAGGGGCACUAUUCAAAGUCAGAACUUUGGUAAAAGUUUCCUUGUUGCAUUUGGACCCAGAAAGCAUAGCAGAUUCAAUCAGACUGAAUAUGAGGAUGUUUUCGUAUUUGAUAUAGUGGAUUACAGUGAUGCCCUGCGGCACAGUAUAAUCACGGGUGACAGAGUAUUGGCCCCUGAACAACCUGAUGGAGAGAGGUUUGCACCUGCAAUUGUUAUUGAUGGGCAAGAAAAGCGACAAGCAGAUGGUCCAGAAGAUAAAGAUUUGACAGUUUGUUUUAGCAGUGGUAAAACUGAGAAUAUUCCACGAGAUGUUGCAGUGUGGAUUCCACCAACAAUGUACGACAGAUUAUCAUUGGAGCUACAGAUGUCAGCCUCAUCCAGGAAAUCUAUAUUUUCUACAUUAAAAAAAUAUCCAGCUGAGCAUUUGCCAGGCUACCCAAAAUUAGAAUACCCAGGAGAUUACUUCAUAGCUGAUCCCUUUGUUGUAAAGCCAAACCCGUAUCUCUGGGAUCCCUCUCUGUACUGGUACCCUUACCGCCCAGACUCAUACAGUUAUCUACCAUUUGUAGUAAAAAAGAGAGAAGAGAAAGGAAGAAGGAGUCCACAGCCUGAUGAUGAUUCAGCACUUAUCCCAGAUACUGGAAUGACAAAACAAGAGCUAGAGGCACGUGUCAUGUCACAAUUAAUGGAGCACAGAUGUAACAGUGCAGACACAUCAGUGAGUAAAUCUUUUGACAUAAUGUCUAAUGGCAGUAAACAGGACACUGCUAAAACAUCUUCAACAAUUCUAAGGAAAAGAGAGAAACAGGAGGAUAAUUUGCUAAACAAACAUGUUCAGUUUAAAACAGAAAAGGAAACAGAUGCACAAAGAGAUGAAGAUAGUAAAUAUUUUCAUGAUUCUGAUUACGAUGAUUACGGAAACCUCAUCAGAAAGAAUGAUACUGCAGUGAACACAGAUUCAAGCUUGCUGUUUUACUCAUCUCCUGGCAUAGAACCGCGGCCAGUUUGGAAAAAAUACUGGCAUCAUGAUCCCACUCGAUCUCUAAGUGCAUCCAGUGGUGGUUCCGGAGGGACCAGAAAAUUGACUUAUACAAAUAAAUUCAGAGAAACAGCCCCUCAGGCACCCUUGGAAGCCAGGAAUCAGAGGAAUCCUCCAUAUGAUGUGGAGUGGCCCAGUUCUGCCUUCAGAUAUGUGGAUGUGUUUGCAAAGUCUGAUCACACCAACUCUGUGAGAGAUUGUUUGUCCGCACCUGAACUUUCAACAAAAGAGAAUGUUAGUCCAAGCAUUCAAAGUAACACUGUUGCAUCCCAGCCCCUGGCAAAAUUGACUUCUGAGGAAAGAGAGGAGAUUCGCAGAGCAAACAGACGCAGGCGAGUGCUGAAGCGUGAGGCUGAAUGGCAAGAAAGACUUGGGGAAGAAAACAGCAUGAAAGCACUAAUGCAAGACAAUCACAGGGAGAGAAUCCUUCAACAGCUUGAAAGAGACCAGCAGCGGAAAAUUCAGCAGCAAGAAGACAUACAAAGAGUCCGUGAAGCAAAGAAGAAGAUCAGCGCUGACCUGAGAAAGCGUAUUGAAGCAAACCAGAAAGAUGAAGCACAGAAAGAAGCAAACCGAAUUACAGCUUUGUCAAAAGGAAGGGAAAGAAGAGAGCAGAUUGAAAUGCAACAUGAACAAGAAAUUCAAGAAUGUGUUGAAAGAAGACAGCAAAUCCACAAACAGAAUAAUGAGGCUCGUAUGAAAGCCAAUGUAGAACGACUGGAUGAAGAAGCAUUAAAUGCUGCUAAAUUAGAAAAGCAACAUCAGAAGGCAAAAUUGCAACGCUUACGUCAUUUUCAGAAACUGGAAAAAGAGGGUCAGAAAAAGAAAGAUCUAAGAUCUUCUGUAGCAGAACAGCACCAGGCUAUCAACCGUUCCCAUAUAUUUUCAUGA